GUGAGAGCUAUCUUUCUUUUCUUUCUUUUCUUUUCUUCUAGCUAACUCUUCAUCUUCUUCUCGUUCUUCUUCGUUUUCUCUCUCUUCUCUGGUUUUUGUGCCUGUGCUGUUACGGCACUGUCUUCUUCUCAUUUGCCGAGGUCCGAGGCCUCACCGGAGAGAGGGGUUGGAUUUGGCCGGAGUGGAAUCUCCGGCGAGAAUUAGCGGCCGAGGGGAUCGGAUCAGUUCUUGAGAGAGAAACUGUGGUGAGGUUAGCGAGGGAGAGAGUGUGAGGGGGGGAAAAUGUACAAAAACCAGCUUCAGGAGCUGGCACAGCGAAGCUGCUUCAACCUGCCUUCCUACACGUGCAUUCGGGAAGGUCCUGAUCACGCGCCGCGUUUCAAGGCCACGGUUAACUUCAACGGCGAGAUCUUCGAGAGUCCUCAAUACUGCUCCACGCUCCGUCAGGCGGAGCACUCCGCCGCCGAGGUCGCGCUCAAUUCGCUCUCCAACCGUGCUCCCUCUCACUCCCUCGCCGCCAGGAUCCUCGAUGAAACAGGAGUGUACAAGAACCUUCUGCAGGAAAUUGCUCAGAGGGUAGCGGCGCCAUUGCCGCAGUACUUUACGUUCAGGUCAGGAUUAGGACAUCUUCCUGUGUUUACUGGGACAGUGGAGUUAGCUGGAAUUAUGUUUACUGGUGAACCUGCUAAGAACAAGAAACAAGCGGAGAAAAAUGCAGCUAUGGCGGCUUGGUCUUCUCUAAAGCAAUUGGCAAAAGAAACUGCAAGGUCUUCAACUGAACCUGAGAACAACGACGAACUGGAACAGAUCACUAUAGCACGGGCUUUGCGAAACUACCGUCUGAAGGAAAAGAUUUCAAUGUCAAAUCCAAAUGCGCCUAUUCCAUUUCCAAAGAAGUUUCAAAUUCAAAAUCCCAGACCAACCAGUCCUCAGCCUCCUCCUGCUGCUACAUCAAAGAUUCUUCCCUUAAUAUGCCAAAAGGCAGCUUCUCGAAGCAGGCAUCCUGUCGCAGCAUCGCCAGCACCAGCAGUCAGUGACAAUUCUGCUAUGCCACAACUCUCUGCCACAUCAGAUAGCCGAAGAAUUCGUCGCCCUAAGUUCCCUGCUGCUGGAGCAGCACCUUAUGUUCCCAUUAGACAGAUGAGACCACCUUGCCAGGGAAUGGCACCUCCGGUGACGAUAAGGACUUCUAUACCUGUAUUCUCUCCACCACCGCCAACAGCCGCCACAAUGUCUCUUCCAGUACUACGAGCUCCUCCUGUACGAGUUGCUCCUCCUGUUACUAUUAGGCAAGCUGUUCCAGUAUUUGCGGCUCCACCUGUAAGAAUAGACGAACCUGUUCCCAGCCUUACCAGCCUAGAACCCGUUCCUGCCCCAAAAGACGAUGCUCCAACUAUUAGUUCCCCCAGCCUGGAAGACAAACUACCAGUUAAAACUCCAGAGACAGAGAUGAAGACUGAGAAAAUUUCAGCUGAAUCUGAGACAGUGCAGAGCUUGGCACAGCUGAAAAUUUGAUGCUUCAUUGGAGUUGAGGUCUGAAUCCAUGAGACUGUGGUCAUGGUUCUAUGACGAUGUGGAGUUUGCUUCUCAUGUUAUAAUGAGUGAUGUAAUAUCAUCCCUUCCUUUUGUCCUGUUAAAAUCCGACAGUUGGUGCCGGAUAGCAUCAGCGGUCCAAAUAUCUGUGAAAUUCAAGAGCGGUUUACCAUAUAAUUUGCCCUUUUUAUGUUUAUUUUUUUAUGUAGUUAGUCAUUUACUAUUUAUUAUGCA